AUGACGACUAGCAGCAGCAAUCGGUCUUGGUCAGUGACGGAGGAACCCUUAUCAUCAAUUAUCUCCAAUCCUGUUCUUGCUGUCGAAGGAACUUUGGCUAACUCACUUUUGGACUCGGAUUCCGAAUCUUUAUCGGCUACGGAGUCGGGACUCCCGCAACUCACAAAUAUAAAUACUACUGAUAGUCUUAUCUCAAUUAGCCAAAGUGAAAUCUUGGCGAAUUUUUCGACACUCAAAAAAUUUGUAUUCAAGAGAGAUCUGCCUACAGUGGGGAUUUCUGAAUCAAUAAAAACUGGAAAUGAAACCCAUGUACUGAAGCAGAAUUUUUAUGACAAGUCAGGUUCACAAUCCAUCUAUGAACAAUAUUCUUUAUUAACUUCGUCAGAAACAUAUGAAAGAACACAUUAUUUAGGAAUUGAUGAAAGGAAAGAAUAUAUCAAGGGAAAAAGAGAGCUUGAAAUGGGAAAAAUUAAAGUUGACGCCAUACCAUCUGUUGAAGACACAUCUGGUCUUAUUCAAGAGAGAAUAGAAAAGGAUCAUGACAGACUAUACGAUGAGAAACAAGGUGCUUUAGAUAUGAUUAAAAAUAUGGAUGAAAAAAACGAAAAUUCAACUAAACUAUGUAUUAUCACAAAAUUAGAAAUUCAAAAUGAACCUGCAAUGGAGCAAAAAGAAGGUCAGCUUGCAGUGAUAAAGAACAAAGAUGAAAUGAAGGGAAUAGAAGAAACUGAGUCUAAGUUCGAUGAUACUUUUAAAGAGGACACAAGAAACUUAGAACUGAGAAGAAAUAUCUCUGUAAAAUUGUUAGAAAUGGCUCAGGAAUCCAGACUAGCUUAUGAUACUACUCAAACUAAAGUAGAAGAUGAUACUGUAGCUUGUGAACAACGACAGAUAGAAGAGGCGGAAUAUGCUUUAGUAGAUGGCCUAUCGUCUGUCCAUCUUGGGUUUAAGCCACUUAUAGACUCAAAGACCAGUAAGAUUGAGAUUCGUGAUCCUAGACCUAUUAAAAGUACUAGCCCUGUUGACUUCUCGCCCUCAGCUUCCUUCUUGUUCCGUUCUUUAUCAGCUGAAGCGUACAAAAAAACUCCUUGGCAAUGUUUGUGCAAAACCAAAUCAAAAAGUAGACAAGAACUUGGCGGGGAUACGACUGUCUCCAGGCUUUCUGCUUCACCUACAUGUAGCAUUCUUGACGAGGAACCUGCAAUUAUAGACAAAACGAGUGAUGCUACAAGUUGGUCUGUAGCUUCUUCAGAAGUCUUUAUGUCUGUGACGCAAUCAGAAAUCAUCGAAAGCCCUCUUCCUUCUCUUCCUCAAAACCCAAAAAAAAUGAAACAGGAGCCCCAUCAACGGAAACCCGAUUGUUCACAACGUCCUCUUCAUCCACAUAAUUUGCAAUGCAAUGCCACAGAUAAAGAGUCUGUGAUUGAUUCUCAUAAAUGCUUGGUGCAGAAUGAAUACAAGCCGAUUUUCAGGAUGGCGAAACCAUAUGUGGGCCGUCGCAAGUCUUUGCAAAAGUUGCAGCAAGAGGAAGAGAUAACUAAGACAUCAGAGAUGGCGAAAACACAGUUGGGGGGGUGGUUCUUACAAAAGAGGGAAGAAAAGCUAGAAGGGAGCGACUUUAUUUCAACUAAGGCGAGAGAUGAAUGUCGCCCCACACGAAUGCAAAAGCAUUGGAAUCCUACUAUCAAACCUGCCAUUACACAAUUAUCUUCUCUAUCCAUUGAGUCAGGCGAACAUAAAGUACGUGGACGGCAGGAUCAGAAGAGGGCAGCGGCUGCUCGUGCCCAAGAUCGACAUUGGCAUCGGCAACAGGUGUGUCUAUAG